AUGGCCCAACGACAAGUCAUCGCCUUGGCUGGCGGAACCGGCGAUCUAGGUCGCUACAUCCACGAGGAACUCGUCAAAGACCCUUGCUACAGCGUUGCACUACUGACCCGCAAUACCUCCCCACCACCUCCAACCCUCCCCCACACUAGAGUGCACACAACAGACUACACCCUCCCCUCCAUCCUCAAAAUCCUAAACACCACCCACGCAACAGCCCUAGUCUCCACAAUCCGCUGCGACCACCCAGACUUCCUCGAACCGCACAAAGCCCUCGUCAACGCCUGCCUCGCCUCAGAAACCUGCAAACGCUUCAUCCCCUCCGAAUGGGCCGGCGACAUCGAGUCCUUCCCGACGAUCCCGCGCUUCUACGCCGAAACCCGUGGCCCGCUCCGCGAGUACCUGCGAUCCAUCCCAAAAAGGGACCUCCAGUGGACGCUUUUCAACCUCGGCUGGUUCAUGGAGUAUUUCAUCCCCGCGGGGAAAUCGUACAUGAAGCUGCUUCCGGGAGAGUUUCCGUUUGAUUUGGAGAAGUGGACAUUUACCGUUCGGGGCGGGGGGGAUGUGGUGCAGAGUUGUACGUUUGGGAGGGAUGUGGGCAGGGCUGUUGCGGUGCUCUUGGGGGUUGAGGAGUGGAAACCCGUAACGUACGUAUCCAGCGAAUGGUACACAAUGAACGAAGCCGCCGAGAAACUAGAAAAGUUUUACGGUCGCACCUUUACGCGAACCCACCGGUCCAUCGAAGAAAUCAACGCCGCCGUGGCCGCGGGCGAGAAAGACCCCUCGACCGACCCGCUGGAACUCGCUCAGAUCGAGCAGUGGGAGGUUAGCGGGGCGACGGCUUGCCCGCGGGCGAAGACACUGAGGCAGCGGGAGAAGUAUUUUUCAGGUCUGAAGUUUGUGAAUAUUGACGAGAUGUUGAAGAUGGGACAGGAGAUGGAGCAUGUUUAA